GGGUUCUUCAGUGAUAGGACAUCACGGUACCCUGACUGGCGUUUGUGUCUUUGUGUAGGUAUCGCCAUGCUAUGCCAUCGGGCCCUUGGCCGUGGAUUAAUUUUGAUGUAGAUCUCAAGCCUGGUCAACCGUCGAAAGAGAUAGUUCCUUUCGACAAGUCGUGGAAAGGCUAUCCACAGAGCAUUUUCCCCAAUUGGACUCCAGAGCAAGUGGCGCGCAGCGAGAUGUUGAUUCGGUGUCUUCACUCUGGUUGCUGUUCAAUAUAUAGCGUCGAUGUCAAAGACGACGGCUCUUUUGUCGUUGGGGAGACAGAGAAUUUCAAGAUAUGGAGUACCAACGAAGAAGAGAUUUGGAGUUCAUUCCAAGCUGAUCGUCCAGAAGGCAUUCGUGUUCGAGCAUUGUUUGUGGAUAAAAUGACGGUCCCCAUUCUCAAAAUGUUGGGCAAAAAAUAUACUAUCGAACCUUUCUUUUUCUCUUCUUCUACAAACUGGAUACCAUCGCGGUAUCAAGAAGAAGUGAAACCAGGAGAAGGAGACCAUAUCACGAUUACUUUACCCUUCAUACGUGCCGUGCAAUGUCCCCCUCCCCAGUCGGCAACUGUGCCCUCAACAACUGGCAUGUACCCAAGGCAUUCCCCUGAUGCAUCACAGCAUGGUAGUAUAGAUUCACACGAAAUUAUAGAUACCCAGUCUCCACUUUUUCUUCGUUCUUCUCGACAUAUCCUCAUGCUCGACCUUCUUUCCCUACACAUGGUUCGCUCCACAACAUCAAGUACCAUCAUAUCGUACCAUCCGGAUUCUGACUCCCAUAGGACUGGUGCUGAGCAAAUGGAAGUCCUGUUAUAUUCAAUUGGUAAGAGUGUUUACUGGCAAAAUGUACUCAGCAAAACCAGCGACCCCACCUUUGUCCUAUUGUCUAUAUUGUGGUACGCAUUAUACGCGUGGGACGAAUCAUUUGAGAUUCUUUACGCCCACAUCAAUAUUCUGGAAUCAUCCGUCAUUACCACCAACGAAAUGCGUCUGACACGCGAGUUGCACAUUAUACAAGCUCAUCUCUUGUUCUACGCGACUUUGCUACAAGAUUUCACCAAGUCGGUUAUAUUUGUGUUAGAGACUCCCCAUCCAGCGACGGAGACUCUUCCACAUGAUGAAAAACAACGGCACGAGCGGCAAGCAUCAAAGGACCUCCUCAAGAAAGAAUGCAGAAAUCUGCUAUCUGCGAUUGAAAGGUUAGAAGGUAUCAGAGAUAUACAUAGCAAACGUUUGCAAAAUGUCAUGAAUCUCGCAUUCGCCACUGUAAAUAUCGAUGACAGUAAACAAAUGAAAGAAUUAACAAAAGCCACCUUGCGAGAUUCCACUGCCAUGAAGCAGAUAUCUUACCUCACGAUGAUAUUCCUGCCUGCCAACUUUACAGCCACAGUAUUUGGUAUGAAUGUAAAAGAGAUCAAUCCUCAGUCGUACGGAUCUUUGGCUCACUACGCUAUAACGACGGUGCUAUUGACACUUGCUACCAUCUGGAUUGUCGUGACAUUUCAAAGGACCAGUCAUUUCCACGGAUCUGAUCCUGAUGUGGGUUUCUGGAUCCGACUUUGCUGGCCAGUUCGGUUUAUACAGCGGAAUUGGGUGGAAAGCAAGCAAAAAUGGGCCUACCGGCAAGACCAAAAGCAAGAUGUAGAGAAAGGAUCUAUCCCCGACGAAUAAGCUAUGUACUUUAAUUUAUCCGUACUACACUACCUGCAUUUUUUCAAACUCACGAAUUACAACUGGAACUUCGUACCCUUCCCACUGUUACAAUAGCUGACUUAUUUAUGGUUAACGCUAUCAUGUGUCUUUAUCGCUAAUAAUUGUAAUGUAACAGAUUCAAAUUC